UAAAACAUAAAGCCGGGGGCCAUCUUUGCUCCGGGCAGGUCAGCUGACCCGGGCUGGCACAGGCCCUGGCGCAGUUCCCGCCCCUCCCGAGAGCGCUGGCACCGCCCCCUCCCCGCGCCCCCUCCUUCCAGGAAGGGGCGGGGUCUCCUAGACGGGUGGGGCCGGAGCUCGGAGCUGGUUUGAACAAGCCCUGGGCAUGUUUGGCGGGAAGUUGGCUUAGUCGGCUACCUGUGGCCCCGCAGUUUUGUAGUCCCCGCCUUGUUUCUCCCCAGAGGUCUCUCAAUCCUCCCUCCAUGAUCUUCGCAUAGAGCACAGUACCCCUUCGCACGGAGGACGCGAUGGCUCCCAAGAAACGCCCAGAAACCCAGAAGACCUCCGAGAUUGUAUUACGCCCCAGGAACAAGAGGAGCAGGAGUCCCCGGGAGCUGGAGCCCGAGGCCAAGAAGCUCUGUGCGAAGGGCUCCGGUCCUAGCAGAAGAGGUGACUCAGACUGCCUCUGGGCGGGGCUGGCUGGCCCACAGAUCCUGCCGCCAUGCCACAGCAUCGUCAGGACCCUCCACCAGCAUAAGCUGGGCAGAGCUUCCUGGCCAUCUGUCCAGCAGGGGCUCCAGCAGUCCUUUUUGCACACUCUGGAAUCUUACCGGAUAUUACAAAAGGCUGCCCCCUUUGACAGGAGGGCUACAUCCUUGGCGUGGCACCCGACUCACCCCCAGCACUGUGGCUGUGGUUCCAAAGGGGAGAUAUCAUGCUCUGGAAUUUGGCAUCAAGGACAAACCACCUUCAUCAAAGGGGCAGCCUGGCAUCCUCGCUACAACCUCAUUGUUGUAGGCCGAUACCCAGAUCCUAAUUUCAAAAGUUGUACCCCCUAUGAAAUGAGGACGAUCGAUGUGUUUGAUGGAAACUCAGGGAAGAUGAUGUGUCAGCUCUAUGACCCAGAAUCUUCUGGCAUCAGUUCGCUCAAUGAGUUCAAUCCCAUGGGGGACACGCUGGCCUCUGCAAUGGGUUACCACAUUCUCAUCUGGAGCCAGGAGGAAGCCAGGACCCGGAAAUGAGAGACACUAAAGAAGGUGUGGGCCAGACAAGGCCUUGGAGCCCACACAUGGGAUCAAGUCCUGCGAGCAGAGGUGGCGAUUUGUUAAAGGGCCAAAAGUAUCCACGGCUAGGGUUGGAGCAGGGGUGCUGGGAGCUGGGGCGCUGUGGGACUGGGACACUUUCGUGUUAAUGCUCUGGACCUACCUCCAGAGACUGCUCCAGAGUUGGUGACGCAGCUGCCCCAAGGGCCCCUCUGUAUCUAGCCUGGAACCAAGGUUAUCUUGGAACUGAAUGACUUUUCUCCUCCUCUCAGUGGGUGGUAGCGGAGGGAUCAAGCAGUUAUUUGAUUUCUGCUCACUUUUGAUAUGGCCAAUAAAACCAUACCCGACUGA